GCAGCUGGUGCAGACACCAACCCUCACACAAAUGUAACAUACACACACUGCAACAAAGAUGACAGCUUUAUUUGGUAAUUAUAGUUUACCCUUUGUUGGAGUAAGCAUCUUCAUUGCUGCUCUGACCUACAUCAUCUACAAGCUGCUGAGGGAUCACCUGCAACUAUGGUUUGAGAUGAAGCCCAUUCCAGGAGUGGAAGGAGCUUACCCCAUCAUAGGAAAUGCACUGAUGUUCAAAACCAAUGCGGGAGAUUUCUUCCGUCAACUUGUGGAUUUUACCCAUCAGUUCAGAGAUGCUCCGAUGUUUAAAAUUUGGGUUGGACCAGCCCCAUUUGUGGUUCUCUUUCAUGCUGAAACCGUCGAGAAGAUCCUCAGCAACACUGUUCACCUGGACAAGUCUUUUGCAUAUAAGUUUCUUCACCCCUGGCUUGGAACUGGUCUGCUCACCAGUACUGGGAAAAAGUGGCGUCAGCGCAGGAAGAUGCUGACACCAACCUUCCACUUCUCCAUCCUGACCGAAUUCUUGGAAGUGAUGAAUGAGCAAGCGGAGAUUCUGGUGGAAAAGCUGGAGAAGCAAGCGGGGAAGGGUCCAUUCAACUGCUUCAGUCACAUCACCCUCUGUGCACUAGACAUUAUUUGUGAAACUGCAAUGGGAAGGAAAGUUCAUGCCCAGAGCAAUUCUGAAUCAGAGUAUGUGAAGUGUGUCUAUAAAAUGACUGACAUUAUCGCCGGAAGGCAGAGGAAACCUUGGUUCUGGCCUGACGUUUUGUAUUACUCCUUGGGUGAGGGCAAAGAACAUGACAAGACACUCAAGGUUCUUCACUCCUUUACAUACAAAGUCAUACACGAAAGGGCAGAAAACUUGGCUUACAUCGAAUCAGACAGCGAGUCAGACCAGGGCACCAGGAAACGCCGAGCCUUUCUGGACAUGCUCUUGAAGACUGAAGAUGAAGAUGGAAACAAGUUGAGCCAUCAGGACAUCCAGGAGGAAGUUGACACUUUCAUGUUUGAGGGGCAUGAUACUACGGCUGCUUCUAUGAACUGGGCCAUUCAUCUGCUGGGGUCCCACCCUGAGAUUCAAAGAAAAGUUCAGCAGGAGCUACAGGACGUGUUCGGUACAUCUGAUCGACCCAUUAAUACUGAGGACCUGAAGAAGCUUAAAUACCUGGAUUGUGUGAUCAAAGAGGCUCUGCGUCUGUUUCCCUCCGUCCCUUUCUUUGCUCGAAGCCUCUGUGAAGACUGCCAUAUACAAGGUUUCAUGCUUCCCAAAGGUGCAAAUGCCGUCAUAAUCACCUACGCUCUUCACCGUGAUCCUCGGUAUUUCCCUGAUCCUGAGGAGUUCAGGCCUGAGCGAUUUUUCCCAGAGAACUCGGCUGGAAGGCCUCCUUACGCAUACGUCCCUUUCUCAGCUGGACUCCGCAACUGUAUAGGUCAACGUUUUGCACAAAUGGAGGAAAAGGUGGUGUUGGCCUCCGUUCUGCGUAAAUUCAAUGUCAAGGCUUGUCAGCGACGAGAAGAUCUUUGUCCAGUGGGAGAACUCAUCCUGCGACCACAGCGGGGAAUCCAAAUCGAACUGGAAAAGAGGACAUUUUAAAUUUCAUCAAAAGCACGUUUCCAAUUUACUGAGUUUUUGUCAAUUUUUUUCUCAAAAUGCAUUUUCUUAUCUUGCGAAGAUUUGUGUUCUUUUUUUGGGCGUUUUUUUUUUUUUUUUUUAAUUUUUACUGUUCAUAGGGCCUGAUUUACUAAGAUCCUAAAUAAAGAGUACUAAAUUGCGUGUGCACUGAAAAAGUUUGCACGUGCUGUUGUUGUGUGUUUUGCGGGUGAUCAACUAAGAUUGCGUGCGCAAUUGAUAACAGGUGCAAACCGCAGUAUUUAAAUGAGGUGUUGCGUGUCUUACGGUUUGCGCCAUGGGGAGUCUGGAUGGAAAGCAGAUAGUCACAAGCGCAAAAUGAAAUUUGACGAGUUGGAGUUAGAGAUAUUAGUGGAAGAGGCAAAUAAACACAUUCAUGAACUACAGCAAAGAAAUUUAAACAUUACCAAAAGAAACGAUAUGGGAGAAAAUCUGCGAUAGAAUAAAUGCAGUUGGUAAGACAAAAAGAACGGCAGAUGAGGUUAAAAGAAGGUGGCAAGAUAUAAGGCGAAGAACUAAAGAAAAAGUGGCCUUUAAUAAAACUUGUGCAACCAUUUUUAAAAUAGCAUGCAGCAGAAUAAA